UUUUUGACAUUUCUUCUGCACGUGCUUUCUUAGAAAGAACAUUCUCGUCAACUAAAUAAAAGUUUCUAUAAGUAGAAACACUCUCUUCAGCCUGUGAUCUCAUAUCUCAUCAAAUUUGGUUAAAUUUGAUUCUGAUCUACUCUGACACAAAAAGGGAGAAGAACAAGAAGGAAAAUGGGAGGAGGAGUGAAUCGCGAUGAUUUCAGCCGUGUUGGCCCCCACUAUCUUACCUGUGUUGAUUGGUCAAACUCCAACCAUCGGACCGCAGUGACAUCAAGUUUGGUACAGGGAGUCUACUCAAUGCAACGGGAUAGGAUGAAGAAACGGAAACCACUAUCCAACCCCUGGUGGGAAUCCUUUGGUUUCUCUUUAGACAAGCCCUUGAUCAACGAAGAUGAUAACUCCAUAUACGGUGCCGUUUUCGAGUAUAAAAACAACCAGAAUAUACCUCAUUCGGGAUCGGGAGUGCCUCCGAGUUAUGUUGGGAUUCGAGACUACUUCAGAGACUACCUCAAGAACUACGUCAGCGAAUACUUCAGGGACUUCGUCAGGAUUUGGUGAUGGAAAUCAAACAAGAUCGCAUAACUUAAACCAAGACAAGGACGUCAUAUUAGGAAAAGGAAAUAUCACUUUAUUCAAGGUGAUAGGUUCCUGGAAAUAUUACUUCUCAUGGAGUUAUGGAAGUUGCAAGUAUUUUGGAAUAUUUCCUAAUAGGUUUAUGGAAAUGGGUGAAUGCCCUAAUCCAACUAGGUUAAUGUAAUAAACUCCUACUAUAUAAGAGGAGCUCGUGUGUACUCUUCUCUUAAGAACAUUGGCAUGGUCCAAUACGUCCAGACGUGACCAAGCAAGCCGGCUUGUGGCUUGUGUGAGAGAGAGAGGUGCUAUGUCUUUGUACUUAAGAUUAUAGUGAAUUGCCUCAUUGCCAGGCCCCAGGGACGUAACCACGUUUAGGUGAACCCUGGGAU